GCGGGUGAGGGUUGGGGGGGCCAAAAAAAGGAAGGGAAAAGAAUGAGCUGCUCGCAAAGCCCGAAGCACACGGAGCGCUAUGAACUUUGAGCACCCCACGAUUGCAAGGACGAAUCGAAGAAGAAGAAGACGAAGAUAACUACGAGGAGGAGGAGGAGGAGCGCGAAAGAAAGUAAGGAGAGAGGGAGAGAGAGGGAGGGAGAGCAACGUCGGCAUCGGUUUCGAUCCUUUUUUUUUUUUUUCUCUCCUUCCUUUGGGUUGUCAAUACGAGCUUCAUCUUCUCCUCCUCCUCGCUGCUAAUGCACAUCAAAUUACUUGCUCGCAGCUUUUAGAAGGAAAUAGAUGGCUGCAACUCAAUCAAAGUAAGGGGCUGGAUUUGGCGUGGCUCAAGGGUAUGUUAGAUAGGAAGUCGUGUUUGAUCACGAGAGCAUUGUCAAGCUCCCGCGAACAAGAAUCCAAGUGGGUUUACAUGACCUACCAUCUCCUUGAGAUCACGACCACCAAGCGCGCUCCAUCUGUAGAACCUUUAGAGCUAGAAGAAACUGCUAAAGUGAAGAGGUCCAAGUCCACGGAGCUCCAAGAGCCUCCCUCAUCUCUUGAUGAAUCCUGUUGUCCAAGCGAUGACGAUAACCAUUUUUCUGAUACAAACUCUCUUAUCGGCCAAAUUGGCCGUGACAUGUCUAUCAAGUGUCUGGUUCAAUGCUCUCGAUCCGACUACGGCACCCUUGCAUCCCUCAACCGGGCUUUUAAUUCCCUGAUACGAUCUGGUGACCUCUACAAGCUGCGGCGGCAUGAUGGGAUUAUCGAGCACUGGAUUUACUUCUCCUGCAACAUAAAUGAGUGGGAAGCAUAUGAUCCGUAUUGUGGUCGCUGGAUCAACCUUCCAAGAAUGCCCCCGAAUGAUUUCUUCAUGCGCUCGGAUAAGGAAUCAUUGGCUGUGGGCACCGAGCUCCUUGUUUUUGGAAGGGACUAUACAUCUCGUAUUUCCCAUAUAAUACUGAGGUAUAGUAUUUUAACAAAUUCUUGGUCCCAAGGUGUUGAAAUGAACUCCCCUAGGUGCUUAUUUGGAUCUGCCAGCUUUGGGGAGAGAGCUAUUGUAGCUGGUGGCAUAGAUGCUCGAGGUACUAUAUUGAGUUCUGCAGAGCUUUACAAUUCUGAAACACAAAAUUGGGUGUCUCUUCCUAGCAUGAAUCAACCAAGGAAGAUGUGCUCAGGUGUCUUCAUGGACAACAAGUUCUAUGUCAUCGGAGGAAUGUCUAGCCCUACAGACUUGCUGACAUGUGGGGAAGAAUAUGAUAUGAAGAAAGGUACUUGGAGGGUUAUUCCAAGUAUGUCCCUGGGGCUCAAUGGCCCGAGUGGUGCACCUCCACUUGUUGCGGUAGUUAAUAAUGAGCUAUAUGCAGCUGACUAUGCGGAAAAGGAGGUUAGGAAGUAUGACAAGCAGAGUAACUCUUGGAUCACUUUGGGAAGAUUGCCCGAGAGGCCAGAUUCAGUAAAUGGUUGGGGCCUAGCAUUUCGGGCUUGUGGUGAACGGCUCAUAGUAAUCGGUGGACCACGAGUUCUUGGGGGUGGGAUGAUUGAACUCAAUUCAUGGACACCGAGAGAUGGGCCUCCAGAGUGGAAUAUGAUUGCCAGCAAGCACUGUGGAAGCUUUGUGUAUAACUGUGCUGUGAUGGGCUGCUGAGUAUCUGAAGAAUUGCUGCAUAUCUUCUGGCAUUAGGAGGAUAUGCAAGAUUGGUUGAUCAAAGGGCAUAAAUAACUGAUUCUGCCAGGGUAAUUUCUGCCUUUUUGAAAUUUCAGAUUUUACUCAGGAUUUAGUAGAACACUCUCUUCUAUGUAACUCUCUUUCUUUCAUCUUCUAGCUUUUCCCUGAUCUCAUUUCAAAACCAAAAAUUUUAACUUCUUCCAAAUUAUCUUUUAGCAUGAGAGUGUUCACAUGGAUCAUGCAGUACAGCCACACAUAAUAAUAUGAUGUAUCUGCAUGUUCUUAGGUUUCUUUUUUAAACUCUUUAUUUUUGUUAGGUUCACACUGUACUAUUCUGCCAUUUCAUUGUUGUUGCCUCCAUCUUGAGGAAAUAAAAUUGGUCAUCAGUUCUUUUGUA